ACUCCCCCUCCGUCCUCGCUUUCUCCCUCUUUCCCCUCCCCUUCCCAGCUCGCCCCGCUGCCUCCCAGUGUAGUGCAGUAUCUCUACCAUGCUUAUAUAGUAAGAGAAAUAUGCAGAGCACAAAUCAAAGCCACUGCUAUAUUGCAAGGACAGUAUAGAUCCUACUUCUUGAUGAAUAACCAGAAAGGUGAUUUAAGAAGACAAAUAGAUGAACAGCAGAAAAGGCUUAAACGUUGCAAAGAACAGUUAAAUAAAUAUGUGACGAUGAGCAAAAAGCUGUUAACAGAAAAGUCUAAAGAAGAGAGGCUUGUCGGUCGAGACAAAAGUAUGCAGGACCGAUUGCGAUUAGGACACUUCAGUAUAGUCCAGCAUGGAGCUUCCUUCACUGAGCAAUGGACAAAUGUUUAUGCAUUGCAGAAUGUCAUUAUACAACAAGAGCAGAUAAAUAUGUAGCGGCAGGAAAUUGAGCGACGGAGAGCGCCUGAAAAACGAAAACCUGCAGUCAUGUGUCAGAUCCCACCUACAAAUAAGGAACAGAAACAGAGGAAAUGUUAACUUUAGCAGAAUAUCAAGAACAGGAAGAAAUCUGCAAAUUACAUUAGGAUAUUUAAAAAGGGAAGAGGCAGAGAUACAGGUAGAGCUAGAGUGAUUAGAAAGAUGAGUGGAAUGAACCAUUAUUAGUGCUAAGUUUUAGUACGAUUAUUACAGUUAUGAGGAUGUAAUGUAAGAUGACUGUAAUAAUAUAAUUUUGCAACUGUGUGUUAAUCAAUUAUAUUUAACGUACUAGAAAUGGUGUUAUUCGCCUCCAAGCUAAAGGGGGAGCAGUGUAAUGUAUAUAAUGUAAAUGGUGUAACCUGCCUCCAAGUUAAAGGGAGGGCAGUGUAAUGUAUAUAACGUAAUUAACAUAUGUUAUGUCUUGUGCGAGGGGACGUGUGCGCUAGAGGAGACUCAUGGUGGCGUCCUGCAAUAAAGAAGCUUGUUAGUUUACUCCCGUAUCUGAGAGUCCUUUUGAGUCAGUUCCAAGUACCCAAAAUACACUACAAUAACAAAUCAUCUAAUUUUGGCCUUACCGCCAUUUUCCUGAGCUCUUUCCAUAUCCUUUUACUCCCUUGCAGUUCAAUCAUCUGUCAACCUCUACAUAAUACAUUCAAUGACUGCCUCUUUUGAUCUCUGGGAUACAGGAUUCCAGAGAUUUGUAAAGCUUUGAAUGGUCUCUAAAGCCUAAAUUCUAUAGACAAUAUUCCUCCUCAUCCCCAUCUGAAAUAGGUAACCGCUUAUUCUGAAACUAUGCCCCUAACUCUGGAUGGUCCACCUACAGAAACAUCCUCACAGAUUCAUCCUGUCAAUCAUCUUCAAAAUCUUAUGUUUCAAUAAAAUCAGCUCUCAAUCUUUGAAACUCCAACUUGCUCAACCUUUCUUCAUACAUUAUACUUCAUCCCCAUUCAUCUCAAAAAUCAAUCAAGUAAACCUUCUCAGCUUCCUUUGGAAACAAAUCAUGCCUUAAAUUAGGAGAUCAAACCUGUACGUAGUAUUCCACGUGCGGUCUCACCAGCGCUGGU